AUGACCGAAACCAAUGUAUUCUCAACAUUUGAGGAGAUGAACUUGCAAGCUGAACUGUUGAAGGGUAUUCAUAACUCUGGUCUCCAGAGCCCAACAGACUUACAACAGCGUUCCAUUCUUCCCAUCAUCAAGGGAGGCGACUAUGUUGUACAGACACCCGUUUCCUCAGACAGGAUAGCCGUUCUAUCAAUCUCUGCGCUGCAAGUUGUGGAUCAGAGCAACAUGUCCACCCAGGUGAUCAUCCUAUCUCCUACACGCGAGUCUGCCUUGCAGACAAUGACGACUUUGACCUCAUUUGGAGCCUCCACAAAGGUUCAAGUUCUUGCUGCCAUCGACAAGCCCACGAGCAAUGAUACCAGUCGUCUCGAGGCUGGUGUGCACAUUGUCUGUGGUCUCCCCGGCCGUGUCCUCACUCUCAUCGACAGGUUCUCAAUGAAGACAGAGAAUGUCAAUAUGUUGGUUCUGAAUGAGCCAGACGAAAUGAUUCUCCAUAAAAAUUCAGAUGUUGUCUACGAGAUCUACGGUCAUUUGAAGUCAACAACCCAGGUUGUCUUGAUGCCCAAUGUGAUGAACAAAGACGUCGAUGCAAUGAUAGAGAAGUUGAUGAAAAAUCCAGUCAAGAUCUUGACUCAUAAUGCCAGGUAUCUCGAUGGCGUCGAUCAGUAUUACUCGGUGAAUGACCCAAAGACCAAGUAUAGUGUGUUGAAGGAUAUUACCGAUCACCACACUUUGUCUUUUGUGAUAGUAUACUGCAACUCUGAAGCAACUGUUGAGGAGGUAUACGCCAAGUACGGCGCCGACGGUGUUCCAACCACCUAUAUCCAUAGUGGUACCGAUCAGCAGACACGUUCAAUGAGAUUGGUUUCCUUCAAAAGUGGUCAACACCGUAUUCUCAUCACAACAGAUGUUCUUGCUGGUAGCCCAGACGUGGAGGUCGGUAAAUUGGUCAUCAACUACGAUAUGCCAGUUGAUCCAGAGACCUAUCUCCUCCGUGUUGGUAGAACAAGUCGCAUUGGUCGCACAGGAAAGGCUGUAAGUUUAACCGAGAGUGUUGCAGCCAUCCAAGCCAUCGAGGAGUAUCACUCCACCAAAAUUAUUGCACUUGAGAAUAUAGAUAUACGUAUGUAA